AUUGGACUUUAAUUUGCUGCAUAAAAAGCGUAACAGGCUUUUGGUUUAGCUGCUUCCAGAUAAGCGAGGUUAGCAAGCCCCGGUGCAUAAUCCAGUUGGGCCCGAUCGACGGUGCGGUUUCACUACCCCUUGGGAACCCUUUUGCCCUACUCUGCCUCAUAACCAGCACCUUGCAGGUAUUUUCAUUAAGCUCAUACUCCUGAAGUGCUGUUGAGGUGUACUCUAGCCUUAUAUAUGGAACGUCAGGGUCAUGAUUAUGCAGCUGCGUCUGCUAUGGCAUAUGCUCAGCAACAGCGGCAAGCUGCUAAUAUGCAACAACAACAGCAGUUUGGAUUUCAUCCCCAGCAUCAGCAGUUUCCUUCAUCAAUGCAUGGUCCUCCUUUUAUACCCCCAGGUCCUGGUCCUGCACACCCCCCUAUGCAACAGUUCCCUUAUCACCAUGCCCUGCAGCAGCAACAGCAGCCACUUCCGCAAUUACACCCUCAUGCCCCUCCCCCACCUCAUCUUCUUCUUCAGCAGCAGCACCAAGGGCCACCGGCAUUCCCUUCACAUUAUCCUCCUCCGCUUGUUCCAUCUCCAUUUUAUGAUUCUGCUCCUCCCCCGGUUGCUCCCCCCUCUGAUCCUGAGCUCCACAAGCGAAUUGACAAGCUUGUUGAGUAUGCGGUGAAAAAUGGUCCUGACUUUGAAGCUAUGAUAUGUGAAAAGCAGCGGGACAAUCCUUCCUAUAGUUUCCUCUUUGGUGGGGAGGGCCAUGGUUACUACCGUUAUAAGCUGUGGUUAUCAACUCGUCCCCCUGGUGGCCCAUUCAACCAGCCUUUUCCAUCAUCUUCUAUGCCCAUGAUCCAUCCCCCAAAUCCAAUGAUGAAUCCGUCUCCUCUAAAUGCUUCUCCAAUGAAUCCUGCAGGAAUUGGUUCUUCGCCUUCAAUGCUAGGUCCACCUCCUUUCCAACAGUUCUAUGAUCAACAACACCACCAUCAACAUCCUCAGUCUUUUGGGCUUCCUGGUCGGCCUGAGUAUGAUCAGUCAUCUAAAUCGUUCAAAGGGCUCUCUGGGCCACUUCCAUCGGAUGUUGCAAUGGAGCUCAGUAAUGUUCUUAACAAUCUGAAUGGUACAAAAGAAUCCAUCAAAGGUGCAAAACUUUGGUUCAUGCAGAGAUCUCCAUUUGCACCAGCCCUAGCAGAGGCUCUUAGAGAUAGGGUCUUUGCAUUGGAUGAUGUUGAGAGACAGUUACACAUUAUAUACCUUGCCAAUGACAUCCUUUUUGACAGCUUAAAUCGGAGGACAAGCAGUAAUGACCUUGACAGUGAAGCUCUUGCCUUGAAACCUGUUUUGGGCUCCAUGCUUGCAAGAAUUUAUCAUAACCCACAAAGCAAUGAGGAAUACAGGAAAAGAUUGCAGCAAAUGGUGGAGUUCUGGGCUUCUAAAACAGUAUAUGAUCAAGAGACUAUAUCUUUACUGAAGGGUGAGAUGAUUGGUGGUCCACAAACAAAUCCUUUUCCUGGGGCUUUGAAGGAUUUAUCCUCUGCUUCUGCAGAAUCAGUUACAGGAUUGCUGCAGACACCUAAUCAUGUUGCCCAGCAGUGGCAACCGGAUAGAUUAGGCUCUGGUUCAAGUCUCUUAGAUCAAGAUCGUCCCGAUAAACAUGCAGCUCCAGCACAGUCACUAUCAACACCCCUAGCAGUUCAGCAGUUUCUUCCAAAUUCUGCUCCUACCAAUGCCUUUCCUGGGUCCAUGGCUAUACCAUCUUCUGCUCAACCAGCUAACCAAGCACCUGGUGCUCAUUUAUUGCCCACUCCAUCAGCCAGCACCAGUGAACAAUUGCCACCAUAUCCGUUAUUCCCUCCUGGUCUCAUUCCUGGAAUGGUUAGAAAGAUGCAGAUUGGUAGUGGGGUCCCAUAUUCUCCUUUAAGCCCUUUGGAUAUUCCAACUAUAAUACCGCCAUCAACUGUACCGCCAUCAGAAAUCCUUCAAAGAGUGUCAAAAUUUUUCAAAGAAAUUGGAGAGGUAAAUCCUUCGGAGGGUCCUAUGAAUUCUGAUUCCAGAGAUGAAGAUGAUGAAUUUGAUAGAGAAUAUGAGAGGGAUCCUCCAGUACGAAAGGGAGGUGCUUGCAUACCUCCACCCCCAAACUUGCAGGUUGAUCCAGAGACAGGAACCUAUGCUGAUGGGACUGUAGAACGAAAGCCAGGAGCCAGUGGCUCUGGCAGGUUGGGGCUUGGGGCCACAGCCAAUCCCAAUGAGGUGAGUCAGUAUGAUGAUGUAUAUACCUCUUACAGGAAGCAGAGAAGCACCAAUUACCAUUCAUCAAUGAGUGCUAGAGCCGCAGCGAGAUGAAAGUCUCUAAUCACCUUUUCAUCCAAAAUUUCCUAUUCCUGGAUACUAGAUUAGGUCUGGUAGCUUUGUCUUCAUUAAUGUUUAUUUUUGAGGCUGUAGUUAAGCUGAUGCUUUUGUUUGUUACUUGCCAAUGACCUUUCCUUGACCAAAAUGGAAUAUGCCAUAAACUUUAGGCACAAAUUGUAAUGGGAUAGAAAAUGAGUGAUAAUCUCAUUCCCUCCAUAUUCCCUUAUCUAAAGUUUGAUUUUGGUUUAUGGUUUAACGAAGACUUUGGCCUUUUAUCUCUUUUCUUAUU